AUGGAUACAGGUCCUGUGGACGUCACAGGUAGUUCGUUUGACCCAGGAUGCCCAUACCAUCCGGAAAGCCUGUUCCAUCCUUUGGAGCGAGGCUAUCAUCCUAUCUUCCGUUUUAUCGAACAUUUCAGCGAUGGCUCGGACUAUGUGGCGGAUUCUUUCGGAGAGCACACCUACAUCACCAAGUCCGAGGACCAGUCUUGCUCAGUCCGCAAGACCGUCUCCACAAUCGAUGUCGAGCUCUCAUCCAUUGUCCUUCAAUCGCGGAUUUCCGAUAUCUUAGGACUAGCUGGUCAAGAUCCACCUAGCAAUAUUUUUGACGGUUUCCAGCUUCUGGAGAAUUCCGGCUUCUUGGAGGUUGAUCUUCGGCAAUUGCGAGCCGAGACGCAAGGUCACAAUCCUAUGGGAGUUGUGGCGGACCCAGUAUAUGUGCAGGGAACGAUCCUUGAGGCCGAACUGGCUCUUCUUGUGGAGGGCCUCAUUGGGGAUCACCAAAUAUUCGAAAGCUUCGGUUACGAAAAUCUUCAUGAAAGGGGUUACUUGACUUAUGAACGUUGGAUGGCCUGGAACAACUCCAAGAUAAUCGAGGCCCAAGAUCAUCUUGACAGGAUUUUUCACGCCACUGGUCAUUCUGAGGGUGUCAAUGAUUUCGAUACCGCCGUUAAUGAUAAUCUCGCAGAGGAGCCACUUGCACAUCCGUCUAUGUUAUCCGGGCCUUCUUGGAAGCCUCAUUUCGUGGGACCCGAAGAUCAAGAUUCUCGGUCUCGCAGCUUAGCAGCUAGCAGUGGUCUGGUAGCGGAGACCCAACGGCUGUUGGACAAAGGAAUCAAUCCGGGCGAAUUACAUUUUCAUACCCCAAACUAUGGGAUUCUUACAAAUUCAUACCCCAUCUUACAUUUUCAUACCCCAAUGGGGUAUGAAUUUCUUACGGAGCCAAUGUCGACGGAGCAAGCCAAGAAGGGCUCUUACACAGGGCUGGCAACGGUGGAAAUAACCCCAAACUACACCAUCAACUACGAGAAACUAACGGUUCCACUGGUAGUGGACCAGUUAGUUGGUCCACCAUUGCCAGCCCUGCUCUUACACGAGAGUAACUCGCCAUUGAUCGCCGCAAUCUACAAAGGCGAGAGCGAGAUCAUUACUCAACUGUUGGAUCAUGGGGCGAAUCCUACGAUCCUCUCACACAUCAAGCAAGAAGACCAAUGGCUGGUCGCUCGAUCGCUCAUAGACCAUGGAGCCGACGGCACAUUACUUCUUCUAUCAUUACAAGGUCAAAAGCUUGCAGACCCUCGACUUCUCUAUGUACUCCAGGACGGCGGUGCGAAUAUCUACUUAACUCGGCCAACUCCAACUCAAGAUCACGAUUUAAGCCUCCGCCUCUCAGAUUACGGUGUCGCGUACAUGCAUAAAAUAUGUGUCCGUACCAGACAGAUGAUCAGCGCGAUUGAAAGAAGUGAUCUGGCAUGUGUUGAGGCAGAGAUCAGCUGCGAUGCAGAUCCAACUUUUGGCGUUGAUGCCGCGAUAUCGAAGCUUGAACCCAAGGCUUUGCGAUUACUGCUUCACAAAGGAGCUGAUCUCAGAUACCUGGAGUUCGGGAAAAGGCAGGCGUCUCUCCUGGAAGCGAUUACAGCCGAUGCUUGUCUGACAAUGGUGGCUGAGGAGGGAUUUACUUCCGCUGUGGGAUCUAUCUUGCGCUUGAGAAGCUCUGCCAACACUAUCGAAGGACGCGAUGGCAAGAUUUCUCUAACAAACCUUAUUCGACAGAGAAGGACGCCAAUUUUGAAGAUGCUGCUCAACAAGGGGUUUUUUUCUCGAGACUUUGUCGCUGACAGUAGCGAGUGGUCCCUCCCAGUAGCGGCCAGGAGCUCAAUGGAUCUAUACACACUGCUUCUAGACUUUGGCGCUCGUUUCUACACGGCGCUAUUCGGUGCCGUUACCGCUACCAAUCUGACCGAUCUGAAAUCAUUGGAAAUUGCGGAAAGGCCCGUGAAGUAUCGCGUAUAUCCUGAAAUCCAUACUGAACGUGGUGACCUUUUCACCACGGCCGAAGAGAACAUGUACUCAGUGUUCACGAAAGCAACAAGCCCCUGCAACCCUGGUGUCCUCGUACCUGCCAAUCACUGGUUUUGUCGCUACCUGAGCUUAGUUGCCAAAGAUACUCCACUUGAAACAUAUGUUUCAGAGGGCGGCAGUCUCACAGCAUUACCGUCGCACUGGAAUUUGUCAUCACUUGAACCACAUUAUCAACCUAUUUCACCUGUAAUCAAGGGCGCUUCCGUGCCUAUCCAGACAAAACCCAAGAUGACAGAUUUCAAUCUGCCCGAGCCGGACGAAAAAUCACUCAAUGAAAUAAGACUUCUCUGUCUACACCGAGAGUUUCAGAAGGAGCAUGCCCAUAUUCUCGCGUGUGCCCAAUCAUCAGUCGCCGGGAAUCCUAGAGCAUGGGGUCAGUAUGGAUUCAUGCGCAACUACUCGUUUGCGUGGAGAAGCGGUAUGGCCACCGUGCAUGUACUUCGUAGACGCGAAACCACUUCAAAUCUUAACAGCGCGAUAUGGUUUUUGGCUAUUGCAAAAGCUAGACUCGUCACGGAUAAAAGUAGUCCUACGGGUUGGCAAGUGCAAUUUAUGUCAGAUCUAAACCGCUAUCGGGGACUUUUCAGUCAAUCGGAUGGGAGUCUAGAUGCUUUUCGUUCGGCGGCGCAGGAUAUUUGGGGAGCCAGCCUGACAUACCCUCCACAUCAUGACGGUGUUGAUCAGACAACUCUAAUGUACUUCCAGUCACUGGCCGGUAGCCUACUUGACGGCUCGGAAUCACCUUUGAGACAUCGAGGAAAUAGCGACCACGGACUUCUAACAAGCCAAAGGAGAUGGCGGAUGCAUCAGCCUUCAAAGCUAGGGAAGAAAGAUGGAUACCCCAACCCCUUUCACAAACGGUUGCCUGAGAGUCUUGUCGAACGAGGAGAUCCUGCGGACUACUACGCUUCAGGCUCAACAGAUUUCCAUGAAGGCGGCACUGGGCAGGAGUAUGCAUCUGACAGUCCAUUCAGAGAUACAAGAAAUGGUCGACCAUAUGUCUCAGCUCAUUACACCGUAGCGUUAACGAUGACGGCGGGUUUCAACUUCGGCGUUGUUCUCGCUUUGUUGCUGGCUCUGGGACAAAGCUUGGUCCAAUCAACGUUGAAUCUCAAUUCAUCAGCGCUCAGCGAAGAGGGCCUCAGAGACACAGUUACCCAUCUCUGCAGUAGCACCGAGUUCCAUCUUAGCCAUAGCACUCAUGGAUCAUUGGACUUGGUCAAAACCGACAUCAACUGUGCCAUAUCAUGCGGUAUUCUCAACAGAUUUUCCGAUCUUCCCAAGUACGUAGAAGAGGCAGAUUUUGUGCAGACGACUUCGAUAAACCCAUUUGAGGCCAUCACCAUCAAGCAAAGCCUUGUACGUGCCUGCAACAUCUGGGAUGCAUCAUAUGCUCUUCAAGAAAGGUAUCACGUCCUUCGAGCGUUCGUGGGAUUACGAGGCUACAAGCGGAUUGUCCCACACACAACACGCCCAACCACUUCGGCUGAAGAGCCCCAAAGCGCCUCUCUCGGGUUUGGUGUUCCAAUCGACCACGGUGAUGGCAUCAUCGAGUCCUCGCGCCUGUGUCAGUCGCUGCAAACCAGCCUUCCAGUUUCACCAUCGAUUAUUUCAAGUGAUGUGGAAAUGCAAACACAAUCGCCUCCCGGGUAUGGCAGACUCCAAGCCUUGAAAGAAGCACUCCGCUAA